AUGGAUGGUGGCAUCAGUGAUGAGAAUCGGAAAGUUUUCAUCUGGGUCGCAGAACUCCUCGAUCCGAGUCGCAGAGAAGCAGCUCUCAUGGAGCUUAGCAAGAAGAGAGAGCAAGUGCCGGAACUUGCGUUGGUUAUCUGGCACUCUUUCGGCGUCAUGACCGCUUUACUCCAGGAAAUCAUCUCUGUAUACCCGUUGUUGAACCCUUCGCAACUGACUGCGGCUGCAUCAAAUCGAGUUUGCAAUGCGCUUGCUCUCUUGCAGUGUGUGGCUUCCCACAACGAGACUCGCACCUUAUUUCUAAAUGCUCACAUUCCUCUGUUUCUCUAUCCUUUCCUCAACACAACGUCAAAGUCGCGGCCCUUCGAGUAUCUCCGCCUCACCUCGCUCGGCGUAAUCGGAGCGUUGGUCAAGAAUGACUCAUCCGAUGUCAUCAACUUCCUCCUUACCACAGAGAUCAUCCCUCUUUGCCUACGAAUUAUGGAGACCGGCUCAGAACUUAGCAAGACCGUUGCAAUUUUCAUCGUGCAGAAGAUUCUCCUCGACGACAUCGGCCUCGCGUAUAUUUGCGCAACGUAUGAGAGGUUCUAUGCAGUUGGAACCGUUCUGAGUAAUAUGGUUACUCAACUUGUUGAGCAACAGACAGUACGGCUUCUCAAGCAUGUAGUGCGCUGCUUCCUUCGCUUGAGUGAUAACAGCAGGGCGCGAGAGGCGUUGCGUCAAUGCCUUCCCGAACCUUUGCGCGAUGCGACAUUCUCCUCCGUACUCCGCGACGACGCCGCCACUAAGCGCUGCUUGGCACAGCUUCUCAUCAACCUUUCGGAUAACGUCUCCGAUGGCGCACCUGGUGUUGCGAUGUAA